AUGAAUUUCCAGAUCUCCGAUCAUCGCCAGACACCAGCCCUAUUUUCCAUGAUGUCAUCCUCUCCUAUGUCGAAACGUGUCAAAGGCUCGGCGGGACUCAAUCGGUCAUCAGCUCAACAACAGCAGCAAGCAGCUUUAUCUGCCUCUAGCCUAGCACCUCCAUCCGCUUAUCCUCUUACCACUCCCACUGCGCAAACUCCCUCUCAGCCCCAGCCUCACCAUCAUCAACUACAGCCUCAGUCGCAGCAGCAGCAACAGCAGCAGCAACAGGUGAAUCCAAGAAAAAGACGCUCACCUCCAUCGGCGACUACAGCAACAGCGGGUAUUUCAGCGAUUCCUGGAUCAGGGGUUGUCGCGCCUGUCAUGUCUGAUAUUUCUGGAGGAAUUGUGGAGACUCCACCAAAGAAGAAGGGCAGGACUAAUACGCCAUGGACUGCAGAGGAAGAACAGAGACUUAAACAAAUGCGCGAUUUGGGCAAGAGCUGGAGUGAAAUCGCCAAGACCUUUCCAGCCCGGACUGAGGGAAGUGUGAAGAAGCAUUGGUACAAGGACAUGCAUUACGCUGAAUUCGGUGAAGAUGAGAGCGUGGCAUUGCGCGAAGCUAUCAAAGAGUACGAGGCGAACAAGUGGAAGGUUAUUGGCCAAAAAAUUGGGAAGCCAGCAAAGGCAUGCGAACAAUACGCGAAGGAGCAUUUCAAGAAUCUUUGA